AUGAAGAAAAACACAAGACUGGUUAAAAAAACAAGGAUCAAGAAAGAAGAGAGGGAAAAAAAGCAAAAAGAAGGUGAAUUAGAAAACACAGAAAAUAAACAAACAUUAGUAAAUAUAAAUGAUAAAACUUAUUUCAGUGCAAUGAGACUUGUAGAGGAGAGUAUGUGGACAAGAUGGAGUCUACUUAAGCUGGAUCCAGAAACCCGUGAAAUACAAGCUACUAUGUUUAAGGUACUAAAUGGACUUGGGUUAAUGUAUCAAGUAAAGUUUGUGAGUAUUUACCUAAUGAUUUUAAUGAGAAACACCUGGGAGGAAGUACAGUCCAAUAUGGGUAAAUGUUUUGCAAACAAGAGUUAUGGUUACAAGUACAAUCUAUUAAUAAUUUCUUGUAUAUUUAUUUCAUCCAAUUACGAAGAACUUGAGCCUCCAAAUUAUUCCAACAUAGUCCAAGCAGUCCAAGAGAAUGGCUUUGAGAUGAAAUCUGGAGAAAAAAUGAUUAGAAAGCAAGUCCACAUCUUGGAAAGACUUGCUUGGAGACUUACUGGCUUUCAAAUUGAACUCCCAUCUGCUAAUUCAUUUCUAAUGCAAAUCAUCCAAAAUUCUAACUUACCAAAAACCAGUAAAUUCAAGGUUUCCAGACUAUCUACAGAAAUUAUUCAUAAUUCUCUUAAUAGCGAAAUUAUUACUAAAUACAAGCAAUCACUUAUUGCUACGUCAUCUAUUACUUUAGCUAUUACAAUAGAAUUUGAAACACAUCCUAAAAAGAAACAACUAUAUAUAGAUAAUGUAGUUGCCUACUCGGGAUAUUGCAGAAAAGAGAUAGCAUCAAUACAAAGAAUUCUCAGAAAAACGUCCUUGGAUAGAAAGUAA